CUUCUGUUGAUUAAAAAUUUCUCAUUGCGCAAUAAUCUACCGGAAACACAAUUCGAAAAUUGUCAUCGAUAUUACAUUGCACCUUCAAGUCUUGGAUCAGACGAGAACCAUCGUGUACUCUGUAUUGCCGAAGAGAAUACCUCUGGCAUCAUGCAUCAUCAAUCGUGCCCAGAAACCGCCGGCAAUGGUAUACUAGAAGCCUCCGCGGGGAUAGACGAUGACUACCACUCAAGCUCAUCCGUGCCAUCGCUGUACGAGGAACAGCCUCUGCUGGGAUCUGAUGGUAGCAAUUCAGCAUGGAGAGCACCGCCAGGUUUUGUGUGGAUUCAAAUCGGUAUGGAUCAAACCCAUGUGUUAAGGCAGAGACUGAUAGUCGCACCAGCGAUAAUGUCCAAUGUCUUCUUGUCUGGAUUCGACGGAACUGUCACUGCUUCAACCUACGCAGUUAUCAGUUCGGAAUUCAACGCGGCUAACACCGCGUCCUGGGUUACCACGUCGUAUCUCAUAACCAGCACGGCAUUCCAGCCGCUGUACGGUCGGCUUUCGGACAUCUUUGGGCGGCGACUCUGUUUCUUCGUUGCCACCGUGACUUUCAUGGUGGGUUGUCUUGGCUGUGCAAUAGCCCCGGAUGUGCUUUUCCUGAAUGUAAUGAGAGCAUUGACUGGAAUUGGGGGUGGAGGCUUAAUGACGAUGGCCACGAUCGUCAACUCGGAUCUAAUUCCCUUCUACCGAAGAGGAAUGUACCAGGCAUUGCAGAAUGUCUUGAAUGGGUUUGGAUCCAUCUGCGGUGCCUCACUCGGAGGAUCAAUUGUUGAUUCCAUCGGAUGGCGCUGGUGCUUCUUGAUGCAGGUUCCUGUUUCUAUAUUUGCACUGUUUGUUGGCCACCAUUUUCUGGAUCUCCCAUCGCAUGCCGCCCAGAUCAACAGUAAAUCCGGUCUUCGCGAUUUCUGGAAGCGAGUUGAUCUUUCUGGAGCAUGUUUCCUCAUCCUUGGCCUCUCAUCUCAGCUCAUCGGGCUGAGUCUGGGUGGCAACGAUCUCCCUUGGAGUAAUAUAUGGGUGAUACUGUCUCUUGUUGGGAGCACCGUCCUCCUCGCGCUGUUCCUGGUUGUUGAAGCCAAGACAUCAGCGAUUCCAUUGAUUCCGCCCAGGAUGCUGAAAGGGUUGCGGCCCAUAUCGACGCAGGUCGCGAAUGUCUGUGUGGGGAUGGCUGCUUAUGCGUUCCUCUUCACGCUUCCCCUACUAUUCCAGGUGUCCCUCCUCGAAUCGGCUACAAAGACGGCUGCUCAUCUCGCUAUACCCAGUUUAGCCACUCCCAUUGGGGGUUUGAUCUCAGGGAUCAUCAUGUCCCGAUGGGGGAAGCUGGCAUAUCUUGUGCGGACAGGGGCGCUGCUAAUGUGCAUUGGCAACCUGCUAUGCGUGUUCCUGGAUUUCGACGACGCCAAUUGGAAGUUCUUCGUGUAUAUCAUCCCUGCAAACUUGGGACAGGGAAUCGUGUAUCCUGCAAUUCUAUUUACUUUCCUUGCCACCUUUGAUCAUUCCGACCACGCUGUCUCCGCGUCCACCGUCUACCUUAUCCGUUCCAUCGGCUGGGUCUGGGGUGUAGCCAUUACCUCCACAAUCCUUCAAAAUACAUUGAGCUCAGGCCUCCAGGAGGCCCUGAGUGGAGUACCAGACAAAUGGAAAGUAACAUCCCUCCAUAUCCCGUGCCUACGAAGGCGUUUACUAUUGACAAUGGCUGAUUGAUGUCUUUGUCUUCUUCCUGUUACCGGUUAGGUUAUCGACGAUAUCAGGCAUUCUGUUGCUACAAUUUACGAUCUCCCACCCGACAUCCAGAUGGCGGCUCGGUUGGUGUAUCACCGUGGUAUUAGAUAUUCAUUUGCAGUUUCUGCAGCCUUCGGAUUCGUCGCUACCAUCGCAGCGAUGUUUUCACAUGGGAAAGGAUUGCAGAGACCUGGGGACGAAGAGAGGUAAUCUGUCAUAGGCUGCAUCUGCGGGAAGAUGUUUCCAUUCAACUCUCAUGUAAAUGAUCGACAAGAUAUGAUACAAGGUAAGUGAUCGGGUUGGCUGAACGAUAGACUGUGACGCUCGAAAUCAGUACUAUGACCUGGAAGGAUAAGUGUUCCUUGCUGCAAAUAGACGAUGGGUCUUGGUACCAGUACUAGAUUAAGAAAACAGAAACAGAUAUUAUAUCUGCAGGAUCUCAUUAGGAAAGUGAUGUUUGUUAAUUCUUCCUUUGUUGUAGGUCUCUACAUGUGGAGAGGCAGACAUGUUUCUAGGCGCUAUUCCAGAAUAGGUAGUAUUAAUGUUGCAAAAUCACGUGAUUAACGCGUUUCGCGUUCGUCGACGAGUCCAACCUUUCUUUGGUGACA